AUGUCGGGGGCCUAUGCGGCGCUACUCAACCUCAGCGAGCAGUAUACUGCCACAACCCAGUCCGCCGUUGAGAUCGCCCUCGCCGAGCGUAAACGCAAAGAAGCUGCUAAACGGAAAGAACAAGAAGAACGAGAGAGGAAGGAAAGGGAGCAGGAGGCGAAGCUACGCUUGAAGAAGCUCGAGGCGGAGAAGCGGGAGCAAGAGCGGCGGCAGCGGCAGGAGGAGGAGGAACGGGCACGCGAGCGGGAAGCUAAACGUCGGGAGCAGGCGCAACUGGAUCGCCUCUUGGGCAACAAGGUCAAUAAACAGCGAUCUGGCCACGGUCUGGAUUACCCGACGUCGCGAGCGGCGGCUAGCCGCGAGAAAGUUGUUGACGACGAUGGGCCCGUCGCACUGACCCGAGAGGAACUCCGAGAGCGGAAACUGCAGGCAAGCAUGCGUCGGCAGUUUGGUGGCGCCGACCGACGCAGUGGAAGUUACGCAUCGGGACAUAGUGGAAAGUCCGGAAGACGCCUUGCUGGAGGCGCUAUCGACAUGGUGGCGAAUGGCAGCGGUGGCACGUCCGCCAGCGCUGCACAAAGCAUUCGAGCUAGACUUGCCGCCCAACCGAACACACUCACCAAACUCAACACGGUCAAGAGGGACACUCGGACUAUCGACGAAAUCGUCGCGGAUCUCGCAAAGGCCAAGUCCGGGCAGGUCGUAUCAGGCGAGGAUGCGAAAGAGUUCAAUGGGUGGUUCACGGAGACGAAGAAGAAAGAACUCCUGAGGAAGCCUCGAUCCACCGCGUCUCCUGUGUCCGGCGCAAACUCGCCGGCACAUCCAUCAUCGUCCAAAUCCAAUCCUGCACCAUCUUCCGUGGCGAUGUCUUCCGCUACCAAGAAGCUAUCGUCCAUGAAACUUUCCAGUUCCGGUGCCAAUAGCGGCGCUUCGAACUCCCUAUCGAGGCCGUCCAGCAGUUCAAAUCUGAAGGCGACACCAUCACGCUCGGCGGGUAUCGACCCACGAGGUGCCCAGUCAUCCUUGGCUAAAUCGCGACCUACGAGUACCAUGUCCAAGCCCUCUCUGAAGUCUGGGCGCCCUGUCGCACCCACUUCUUCCUCACGGAUGAAGCGUGGGCGUUCGGGAUCUUAUUCGUCGGAUUCUCGGUCGCCAUCCCCGCCUCCCGCGAAGAAACGUCGUGACAAAGAAAGGGGUCGUGCCGAUUACGACGAUGAGGGAGACGGCAUGGAUAUCAGCACCGAAAUUUGGAAGCUGUUUGGCAAGGAUAAGCGACGUUACGUCGAACGGGAUGUGCUCAGCGACGAUUCCGACAUGGAGGUAGACACGCGGACCCUCGAGAGAGAGGAAAAGAUCAGUAUGCGCAUCGCCAAGAAGGAAGAAGAGGCAGCUCUUGAGGAAGAGCGUAGGCACGAGGAGGAGAAACGUCGUCGCAAGAAGGAGAAGGAUAUGAGGGAAAGGAGGGGAUAA